CGCUCUUGGUCUCUUUCGCAGUCGCUGGACAGUCGCAUUGGCUGCUUUAUAAGGGCCCUCGGCACUGCUGCGAUUCAGCAUCCGCGCGUGAAGCCGACCAUCGCAUCGCCACCACAGGCUUACACCGGCUUAACACGAGAACAUUUACCCAUCGCCCAUCAUGGCGGACUUGAUUGACCCGACAGCAAAGGGCAACUAUCCCAUCAUUCUCGGCGAUGGCUUGCUGGGGAAGACGUCCAACGAGAUCUUUACAGGCAUUCGCUAUAACCACAAGCCGUCCUUCCCUGCGUCCGACGCACGAUUAAAGCCCUCUCUUCCCGGAAAGACGAGCUCCUACGACUUGAACUUUUCCAACUCGGACGGAACAGUCGGAUUUGCCGGAACGCGCUCGACCGACGAUGACGACUAUGUCUUGUGGUUCGACCCCGAGCGCAAGGCGUUUAUCCUUGACAAGGUCGACUCGACGUUUAACAUGAAUCUCACGCGUAUCCCUGGAAAUAGUAACCCGGAGGAACUACGGCGGCGAUACCCUCACUUGGAGAAUGGCCAAAAGGUGGGAGACAAGAAGAGCGCAGCAAGCAAGGACAAACUUAAAUCGACACCAAAGGCUGACGAGAAGAGCAUCACCGUCCAGACCAAGGAGAUGCAGAAAAAGUUUGACAAGAAGCACCUUGACAAGAAGUCUUCCGACAAGGUGUUCCUCGAGAAGAAACCCCUGGUAGAGAAGAAACCCGUCGACAAGAAACCGCUGCUCGACAAGAAGCCCGCCGUCGACAAGAAGCCGACGGAUAGAAAGCAGAUGGAGACAGAUAAGAAUACACCGGAGAAGAAUACGCCGGAGAAGAAAUCAGUAGACAAAAAGCCGACCGAGAAGAAAUCGUCAUUGGAGAAGAAGAUGUUUGAGAAGAAACAAUUAGGAAAGCCGCUUCCCAAAAAGAUCGACCUUAAGCUUCCCGUGCCGGAACCACCCAAGCCAUCAGAGUCCAAGCCUCGAAAGAAGAAGGACGAGGAUGAGGACGAGGAAGAUGAAGACGAUGAUGGUGAUCUUCUCAUUGAAUAUCCCGGUGCAGAGGCCCCGGCCAGACAGACUCAUUUCUCGCCGGCCUUCCCUGCCCCUCGGCGCUUCGAUGACUUCAUGGACCAGCGUGAAUCCGAAGUGGAGGAGGAAGAGGAAGAUGGUACGAUGGAUGAUGUCGACUUUAAGCUUCCCAGCCCGGUGAAAAAUGCUAGCCAGAGCCAGUCAGAGCCCAUGGACGUGGAUGAGGAGGAAGAGGGAGAAGAGGAUGGGGAUGCAGAAGCAGCAGGAGCCAACGACACUGCCGAUUUGGAAUACGACUUGGAACAAGAACUGGAAAAUGCUUUUGAAAAGUUGGAUAAUAACGAUCAAGACAACGGCUACUAUUACAGCAACAAUAAUGCCAACGAUGACGACGAAAGCGAAAUCAGCGAGGAAGAUUAGAGACGGCCUUGGCAGACCAGACCAAGAUGGCCGGCAUGUUUUCAGCUGAUGAAAGGGAAAAGAAAAAGGACAGGGAAUGCCUAUUAUUGCCAUGAUUUCCAAGUGGGAUUUGAGAUAUUGAUUUAUUGGGUUGGGUGGCGUUUAUUCGAAAUGGGCCAGCUAACG